CGUGUCACGGCGCGUCUCCAUCAGAUUAUAUUUAUUUAUCUUUUCCGUGCGCAUAGCAUAGGAAUGUGAGUUCUAGUUAAGAAAGAUAAGCCAAAGGCCAAUAUGAAAAAAACCCACUUUAUUUGUAAGGAAGUAGUUUGUAGAGAAUUCUCAAAAAGGAAAAGAAAGCAAAAGAAGAUUAUUACCGGUCUAAGAUCUUUAUUGAGCACAUUUCCAUACAUCGUGAAAUAAUAGUGAAACCGCUUAAAAUUAUAAGUUGAACUCAUAAGUUUCACGUCAGCAGGUAACCUUAUCUGAAAGGAAAAAGAAAAGAAAUAUAUAUUAACUCAAAAUUGUUUAUAUUAGGAAGUGCAUUUCAAAAAUAGCAUUCGUGAUAUCAACACAACUUAUUCUACUCGGCUCACGAAAGAUGUAAGUUCAGCACGUUAAGAAUAAGACCAUCAACUCUAAACUUUCAUUUGCCUAACAAAUGCAAAAUUUUUAUAGUAGACAUCCGCGUCGACCUAGAGCAACUUUGCUUAUCCAUCAGCAGCUUCAGUACGGUCCAAAGGGCGAUCUGUGAAAGUAUUUUUGUAUAUACUUACCAACCGACAGCAAACAAGUGAGGUUACCUAGGAAACAUAUAAUAACAAACAAAACAUUACAAUCAUUUCUCUAACCACAGAAAAAGCUCGAUCACCGAAACAUACGAAGAAGAAUUGAGAAAGAAUUAGAGAUAUCUAGUAAACGAAUUUUUUAAUAUACUCUAUUAAAAACACGGAACCAUCUCUAUCAUUCUUCACAUUAAAAAAUUCGUUUAAUGAUGGCCAAGGAAGCUUCAACUACUAAGCUGGACGGAAACCGAAAAACGGGAACAAUUCCGAAGAAGUUACAAGACGUGAUGACUACAUCGUGCAUCGGUGCUGCCUGCAGUUUCCCAGGGUCUACUGCCGGAAUGCUUCAGUGCAACAAGUGUGCAUUCUGGUAUCACGUCAGGUGUGUUGGUGCCUCGGAUGAUGCCAUCAAGCGCCCUUGGACGUGCAAGAAGUGCGUUCACGAAGCCUUCAAGAUCCCUCGUAACCUCUCAUUGAGAAAUGUGUCAUCGAGCCGCUGCCAAGUAUGUGGUGGUCCCGAAACCGAAGAAAUGGUGCAGUGCGAUUCUUGCGACCUGUGGCAUCACUUCCAGUGUGUAGGAGUUACGGAAGCGAUCUCUGACAUUAGUUGGAGAUGUCCAAACUGCGAAAAUGGUAACAUUACUGAGAGAAUCGUAAGUACUAAAAACGAAGCCUUUGUACCACGAUCUGACCACCAGUUGGAGUCCCAUAUAUCAUUGCUGUCCAUUGAUAAUAAAACCAGCGUAGUUGAUUCGACAUUACUGACGGUCUCCCCAACAAAUGUAAUUCCUAGUUCGGUUCUUGCAUCAUCGGUUAUUCCUACUACCACGUUAGCCCUUACGUACACGUUCGCUUCUUAUGUGAAUUCCAAUUCUAUCGACGUGAUGUCUAAUAAAACAAAUGCCUAUCAAGUGAAUAGCUCGCUUCCGAGCGUUGUGUUGAGUGGAGUGCGUGAUCCUACUGUACCAAUAACGAAUCCUCAAAGUACAAUUGUUGGAUCCAAAGCUGCUGCUCCCCCCUUUCUUCUUCAUUCUUCCGCUGCUAUGGACAAUCUUCGUGUGAUGCCAUCGACCGAUCGCCGCAGCCAUCAGAUGAUUGAAUUUGUGGAUCAACCGAGAAAGCAGAACGUAUCAACUGUCCCGCAGCCACCGAAACGAAACAUGAGAUUGGAGUUGCAGAAAUUGGAAGAGGAACAACGACUGAACGAGGAGGAAUAUACCCGAAAGAAGCAGUUGCUUCAAAGGCGCUAUGAAUUGAUGCAGGCAAUAGCAAACGAAACUGAGUCUGCUGAAAUCGAACCCGACACCCGGACGGAAGGAUGGCAGUGCCACUCGGACCCUAGCACCGAAAGAAUACGACGUCAACCUGAGUUUAAACUACCAGAACGGAAAACAUCUCACGAUAAUCAACCGUAUCAAUUGAGGUCUACAGAAAAUCAUUGCUUAGCUGAUCAGCCCGAGCAUAUUUAUCAACACAUCCGAUCCCAGCAGCCGUCGCUGAUUCAUCAGCGAAAAAUUUCUAACAUACGCUCCGAUUUCACGGGAGUCGAAGGACAAAUAAGGCAGGUUGAUGUGCGACCACCUUUGUAUGCCGCUCACGAUCAAUUUACUCCUCGACAUCGAUCCACGCCGCAGCACCAAGCGUAUCGCUCUACGACACGUAACGUUUGCCGAGAUAUUGGCACAGGAAGUGACUUGACCAACAGUCACCUGACAGUUGCUCGACAAGCGGCAGCUCAGGAGUUGCCCAUAUUUAGCGGGGUGCCAGAAGAAUGGCCGUUAUUCGUUUCUACCUAUUCCACUACAACAACGAUGUGCGGAUUUACUGCAGAGGAAAACCUAAUUCGGCUUCAGAAAUGCCUACGAGGAAAAGCCUAUGAAGCUGUGAAGUGCAUGUUGAUGCACCCAUCGAAUGUUGGAUCCAUCAUGUCAACGUUGAGAAUGUUAUUUGGCAGCCCCGAGAUUAUCGUUCAUAAUUUGAUUACGAAGAUCCAGUCUGCUCCUCCCCCUCGAGCUGAUCGCUUGGAAACUAUGAUCGACUUUGCGCUAUCAGUGAAAAACUUAUGUGCUACCAUUGAGGCAUGUGAACUGAUCGAGUAUACCUACGACGCUACUUUACUUCGUGUUCUGGUGGGAAAACUGCCGAUUGAUUAUAGAGUUGAAUGGGCCAAAUAUCGUCGAUUCAUUGCAGAAGCGAAACUUACAACGUUUUGUGACUGGUUGUAUGAUUUCGCGGAAACCAUUUCAUCAAUCGCCUCGUUGGAUGACGUCGAACUUAAGCAAUCGAAAGAAAUGAAAAGGGGACCGGCCUACCUGAACUUGCAUUCUGAGAUCGAGGAUGAUUAUUCAGAUAAGUACGAGAUCGAAAGUUCACCACAACUGAAGGAAAAACCCAAAAGACUUAUUCAGGCAACGGUAGACAAGAAAAUUUGUAAAGUUUGCAACGGCAACUGUACUACUUUGGAAAGAUGCAAGAGAUUUAGGGAGCUCACUUACAAAGGUCGUUGGGCUGUAAUUAAUGAGCACGGAUUUUGCAAAAGAUGUCUUGGAAGACAUGCUAGGGCAUGCAAAUCACAAAGGCUCUGCGGCGAGAACGGAUGUUCGUAUAAACAUCAUCCACUGCUUCACAAAUUCCAGAACGACGGUUUCAAUGCAACUCAAAAUGGACCAGUGACGUCUGGGGACUGCAACAUUCACCAUAAGCUGCCAAAUCACGUUUUAUUUCGUGUGAUUCCUGUAUUCCUUCAUGGGCCCACUAAAACGGUAAAGACCUAUGCGUUUUUGGAUGAUGGCUCAUCAUUAACCUUGAUUGAAAGCGAGCUGGCUGCAGAGUUGGGUGUCACAGGAAAGGCGGAACCACUUUGUCUUCGAUGGACUGGCAACAAAACGCGCAACGAGCCAGAUUCACAGAAUCUAACACUGGACAUCUCAGGAACGCAGGUCGGCCACAGGAGGUAUCGACUUCCCGAAGUACUAACUGUGUCCAAUUUAGAACUGUUCCGUCAAUCGUUGGAUAUGCAAGAUUUCACUGAAAAAUACAGUCAUCUACGAGGAGUUCCUGCAGAAUCGUAUCAUGACAUCCAGCCACGUAUACUUAUUGGGAGUAAUAACGCUAACUUGGGGUAUGUCCUCAAAGGUCGUGAAGGAGAAAUGCAUGAGCCAGUAGCUACAAAAACUCGUCUGGGGUGGACCGUCUACGGUGAGUGUGAUCUACGAAAUCGGCAAUUCUGUGGGUUUCACGACGUUCAUAUGUGUCAAUGCAAUGGUGCUAAAGAUGAAACACUGCAUCAGGCAAUGCGUGAUUACUUUUCCAUCGAUGGACUCGGUAUAACGAGGUCAACGGCGCUGGUAGAGUCCAAUGAUGAUCGGAGAGCUCGGGAAAUUUUAGAGUCGUUCUCGCGAAGGGAUGAUGGUCGUUUUGAAGGACGUCUUCUCUGGAAAUAUGAUAAAUUUAGAGUUCCGGAUAGCAAACCACAGGCCACGCGUCGUUAUGAAUGUCUGGAAGCAAGGAUGAAAAAGGACCCUUCACUAGCAGCGACUCUUCAUGAGAAAAUGCAAGAUUAUGUUGCGAAAGGUUACUUAAGGAAUACUUGGCAAACUUCACAAAUCGAGGCAAACGUUUUCUGGAAACGUUGGAUUCGAGAUUACCUUCCCGAUCUCACCAAGAGAUCCAAAUGGUUCACUCCGGUUGAAUCGAUUAAUGUUGGUGAUGUAGCAGUGAUCGUCGACCCCAAUCUUCCACGGAACUGUUGGCCACUCGGAAGAGUGAUUUCGGCUGUUCCAGGCAAGGACGGCGAAGUAAGAGAAGCAGUUAUUCAAACCGCAAAUGGCAUUUACGAGCGCCCAGCCGUGAAACUUGCAAUACUUGAUGUUCGACGCGAUUCUUAA